CAGCCCAAGCUCCACUUGACGGAGGAGGAGCUGAAGCCACGUUUGGUGAGCCCCGGGUCCCGGACCCAUGAGAGGCAGAGCCGGACUCAGCCCCGGGGGCGCUCCCUGCCUUGCCCGGCCGGCGCCCCUCCACGCUCACCUGCGGCGCCACCCAUCCCGCGGGCGGCCGCGCCCGACCCGCGCCCCGGCAGUACCUGUCUGCGGCGCGCAGGCUUGCGGCCGGGGACAGGGCGCUGGCGCGGAGCGAGGCGGGCUGCGCGGGUCAGAGCCGGACGGACGCUGGCCUCGCCAACCCGGGCCUCCCCGGGCCCCUCCGCCUCAAACUCCGAGGCCCAGGAAGCGCGCGGACCGCCGGACGCCGAGAACUUGGCAGCGCUGGUCCCGGGAGGCAGAGCCGCCUGGCCUCCUCCCCUCGAGCCCCCUAUUCUGCCCCCUCGGCUGUCCGCAGACCCAGCCUAGCGCGAGGGCACCCGAGGGGGAACAACAGCCAGGCGCCCCGCAGAAGUCAAGCACCUGGGACCCUAGAGGGCGAGGUUCCCAUGGAAACGAGAGAGGCUCUUCGCGCCUGCGCGGACGCGCUAGGCACGGUGGGAAUCGUAGUUUCCGGGCUGCCACCCGGCGGCCAAAGGCACGGACGCGAGAUGGCGCCCGAGCAGCGCGGUGGGUUCCGCGCCGCCGGGGUCGUUUCCCCCACUACGCCCAGGCCGAGCGCUGCCGGCGUAGGAGAGGCCGCGGAGGCCUGAAAGCACUUAGCACAGAGGAUGCUCAACUGCCCAGCUGCCAUGGUCACGUGAGUGCCAUGACCCCUCUGUACCCCAGCCUCUGGUGGGUUCCCCUCAGAUCUGGGAGGGGCCGCAGAGCAUCUUCUCCACCCCGUCUGGGGUUGGCAGUUGGGUGUCCAGCUCUUGGCCUGGGGAGGAUGCUCGUGCCAUGGCUGGGCAGCCCUGCCCCUCAGGAAGCAAGUCCUUUCAUCGGGCUGAGAGUGGUCUGCAGCCUUCACCCCGGGGCUGGCUCGGCUGAGAAGCCCACGCGGGUGCCUCCGGCCCCGUGGCUGCUCUGCAGCUCCCACGGAGGGCAGUGCUCGCCGACCGCCCACGAGGUCUCCUUGGCUGCUUUGAGGGGACAGAAGUGAGCUGCCCGGGGAGUGGUCCCCAUGGGAAGUUGGGCCCCGGUCCUGGUCUCUCUCCUUCCUCCUGCCAUCUGCCCCUCCUACUUCUGUCCCCUGAUGUGCCUCAGUCUGGGCUCCUUCCCUAGCCCCAGCCUCACC